UUCCUCCACAGAAUCAAUAUUUAUUUAAUAAAUUCUGUUAUUUACUCCGUCGCCGAGAACCCGGUGUUUGCAUUGCAGCAACCAAUCUAUUUGUGCUGGAUAUGUUAGAGUACAAACAUCGGUAAAACCAAGUUUUCUGCCCAAAUAACCUCUCAACUUGCAAUGUGGAUUAAAAGGACACUGACUCUGUGCGUUGCUUUCGCUAUAUUGGUAAAUCUUGAUGGUACAUGCAAGGCGCAGAGCCCAGAACACCGCGCUUGCCCCUCUGGAUGUCUGUGCUUCGUAACAACUGUCCGAUGCAUGCAUCGAAGGCGAGACACCAUCCCACAAGUCGCACCCGAGACCAGAGUCCUAGACAUGAGGUUCAAUAGAAUUCGUAGCAUUCCUGCGUCUACUUUCCGUCGAAUGAGGAAUCUGAAUUCACUAUUACUCAACAACAACGAGAUCCAAUCAAUCUCAGAGAACGCAUUCCGAGGUCUCUCAUCACUCAAGUAUUUAUACCUAUACAAGAACAAAAUAAGGACGAUACACAAAAGAGCGUUCAAUGGCCUAGUUUCUUUAGAGCAAUUAUAUCUUCACGACAAUAAAAUCGUCACUGUGCCGUCCGGAACAUUUGCCACUUUACCGAAGCUCGAACGAUUGUUACUCCAUUCGAAUUUGAUUGAAACUCUACCAAAUCGGCUCUUUGAUGAUCUGACGCUAAAGCGGCUGAGGUUAGAUGGGAAUCGUUUACGCUGUGAUUGCGACCUUGCUUGGUUGGCCACUUAUUUGCAAGGGCCCGGUCGCUCUGUUCUUGCCACUGCAGUAUGUUACCAACCAAGGUCACUGUCUGGUCGUCACAUACCAACUAUCCAACCAUCCGAGUUUCAAUGCAGUGACACUAAUAACAGUACGUAUACAAUUGCUCCAAUUUUUUAUGAGAUGCCCGAGGAUGUAGAAGUACAGCAGGGUGAAUCUGUGAUAUUUAGAUGUGGGGUAAGAGGGUCACCCAGGCCCUUGAUCACUUGGCACCAUGAUGGGACACCUGUGCGAUUAGAUACCAGAGUUAGGAAAUCUACUGAUGGAUCGUUGGUUAUUCAAACCUCCAGGCAAUCAGACAGAGGUAUUUAUAAAUGCACUGCUGAUAAUACUGUUGGCCACAGAUCUAGUAGUGUUGCAAGAUUAACAUAUAGAGGAGCCCAAGGUCCUCCUGUCUUUACAACUGUGCCAUCCAAUAAAGAGGUAAUACUGAAUGGUCGAGUUACUUUCCAAUGUAGAAGCACUGGUACCCCAGAACCUGUGACUAGAUGGUAUCAUAACCAUGAGAGACUUCCAGUUACACCAAACUUCAUUGUAAUGCCAGGCACACUUCACAUAAGAUCUGCAUCCAUUGAAAACAAUGGCACUUACACUUGUAUGGCAGCUAACAGUGAAGGUUUCAUCAACUCCUCUGCUACUCUGAUUGUAAGAAACCCACCCAAGUUUACAGUUAAGCCACAAGACCAAACAGCAAUCCAAGGCAGAAGUGUAACACUUGACUGUCAUGCUGAAGGAAUUCCGGAACCUACUUUAAGUUGGUUGAGGAAUGGACACACUUUAAACAGAGACCAACGUUAUCUAGUGAUGACUUCCGGUUCUUUACUUAUUCGUGGUGUAAACCCUGGUGACGAAGGGACUUACACUUGCAAAGCUGAGAGCAACGCUGGAGUUUCAACUUCAGAUGCCUUUGUUACCAUAAUGGUACCUCCCCGAUUUACUGUUCGACCACAGAAUCAGAGAGUAAGACAAGGACUUACUGUGGAUUUCCAAUGUCAAGUUGCUGGGAGACCACAACCACAGAUAGUGUGGACUAUCAAUGGUCGAGCUGUACCAGAUGACCCGCGCUAUUCCCUUCUGCCAUCUGGUACACUAAGAUUACUAAGAGCACAACCGGAACAUGCUGGUAAUUAUCGGUGUGAAGCAGCUAAUGCAGUUGGAGCUCAGCAUGCUCAAGUUUCGUUGACAGUUAUCCCUCCAACACCUUUAAGUUUUGUGAGGACACCUGAAGAUCAAACAGUUGAUGCUGGAACUGAUGUGACAAUAAGAUGCCAUGUUACUGGGGGAGGGGUGGAUGAUGAAACUGCUCCAAAUAUAUAUUGGACCAAAGAUAAUGUUCGACUAACUACUUCAGGUCGUUUCUCGAUCUCCCGAUCUUCCUUGAGUGAAUUGUUGAUCCGACAAGUUGCUCGGGAUGACACGGGAAGAUAUGAAUGUGUUGCAAGAAGUGGAUCGGAUUUUAUAUCUGCUUCGAUGACAUUGGUGGUGAACUUAAGGAACACAGUAAAAGAUAUCGUUGUUAAACUUGCUCAGAUUCUUCCAGCUGAUUGUCUUCUACAUGGAUGUCCUGAUGAACUAGACCAGUCCUCUCACUCCUCCCAUGAUGAGGAGCAAAGCCCGUUAUCACUCGACGAACUUCUUAACCAACAUUUUCUUGCGUCAGCCUCAAGACAAAAAAGACAAAGUGUUGUUCACUUGUCCGAGUUAUACGACACCAUACAAAGUGCAACGAAUGAAGUCAACCGUGGAAUAAACAAUUCGAUACAACAUUUUAAUAACGGGCGUAACCGGCAGAGCCCAGGUGACUUGCUUGCCCUGGUGAGGUUCCCAUCCACACGAGCUGGUGUGGACUUAGCAAGAGCUGCAGAAGUGUUCGAUGUUGCGUUGCGCAUGAUUGAGUGCUGUGUGCGACGAGGCAUGAGACCUAGAGAUUUUGACGUUCGGCACACAAAGGACAGACAAGAAGGUGAUGGCCCUGCCUCACUAGAUGGCGAUGAAGAGAUGGAUGUUAUGUCAUUGAUUGGUAGCGAGGCCGUUGAGUUGGUUGCAAACUUAUCGGGAUGUUCAGCACAUCGACCUAAUAUAGAUUGCUCACGAGAUAUUUGUUUCCAUAGAAAGUACCGCUCCCCAGAUGGUACAUGCAACAACCUCCACCACCCAAUGUGGGGAGCUUCACUCACUCCUUUCCAUCGCUUGUUACAACCCAUCUAUGAAAAUGGAUUCAAUGCUCCUAUCUCAUGGAACAACAACAAAAAAUACAACAACAACACUCUACCCUCACCCCGUUCUGUGUCGGUGGGUGUGUUAAUGUCAGCAGGAUCACGACCCCCAAGAAAAGACCCCGAUUUUACCCACAUGGUGAUGCAGUGGGGUCAAUUCUUAGAUCACGACCUUGAUUUCACAACCAUGGCUCCAAGUGUGCAAAGAUUCUCAGAUGGUUUGGCGUGCAAAGACACUUGUGAACAUGAAGCUCCUUGUUUUCCUAUUCUAGUUGAUAACGACUCCCGCCACUCCCGUUUCCACCACCACCCCCCAUCACCAAGGAGACAUGGAAGGCAACAUCCACACGGAUCAGGAAGAUGCAUGACCUUCACAAGAUCAAGUGCGGUGUGUGGAUCUGGGAUUACUUCCGUAUUCUUCAGUGCAAUAUCCAGGAGGGAACAAAUAAACCAGAUAACAUCUUAUUUGGAUGCGUCAAAUGUAUACAGUAGCAAUGAUAAAGAAAUGCGGAAUCUGCGAGAUUUUUCAUCAGACCUUGGUUUAUUGAAGGAAGGCCAGUCACUUGAACUUGGACAGAAACCAUUGUUACCUUACAAUGUAUAUAGUGACCUUGAAUCUGGUUCAAACUCGAUACAGUUGGUUGCUCCUCUUGAUUGUUUUCGUGGCGAAGGUGAAACUGCCCGUCAACGAAGCGUUCCUUGUUUCCUUGCUGGUGAUCUAAGAGCUAACGAACAAGUAUCGUUAACUACAAUGCACACAUUAUGGAUGAGGGAACACAACAGAAUUGCACGAUAUAUAAAACAAGUUAACCAGCAUUGGGACGGAGAUACAAUCUUCCAUGAAACGAGGAAAAUAAUUGGAGCACAAAUGCAGCACAUAACAUACACGCAUUGGCUACCAAAGUUACUUGGACCAUUUACUUCUCUGAUUGGUGAAUACAGAGGUUACGACCCCAACUUACCAUCCUCUAUUGUUAAUGUAUUUGCAACAGCAGCUUAUAGGUUCGGACACACAAUGAUCAAUCCUAUCAUGUACAGAUUAAAUGAGACGUGGCACGAAUCUCGUUACGGCAACUUGAACCUUCAUGAAGCUUUCUUUGCUCCAUUCCGCAUCGUGCAUGAGGGAGGUAUAGAUCCACUGAUCAGAGGGUUGAUUGCUAAACCUAUGAAAGCAAGAGACAGUGAUUCAAAUAUGAACGAAGAAUUGAUUGAACGACUCUUCUCCAUGGCUGAGGAGGUUGCACUUGAUCUUGGAGCACUUAACAUCCAAAGAGGAAGAGAUCACGCUCUUCCAUUCUAUAAUGAAUGGAGGCAGUUUUGUAAUCUUUCGAGUGCAACAACAUUUGAUGAUCUGGCAACUGAGAUAAAAAAUCCAGAGGUUCGUAACAAACUACGCGAGCUUUACAAAGUACCUGCAAAUAUCGAUCCAUUUGUUGGUAUGAUAGUAGAAGAUGUGGUCCCAGGUUCAAGGUUGGGACCAACCCUGGCUUGUCUCUUGACUGAACAGUUCAAAAGGACAAGAGCCGGGGACAGAUUCUGGUAUGAGAACCCAGGAAUUUUCAGUCCAACGCAGGUCAAUGCGUUGAAACAAGCAUCACUGGCGAGAGUCAUCUGCGAUAACACUGAUUCGAUAAAAACUGUUCCACGUGACGUGUUUCUCAACCAACCACAAGCUGACUUUGUGUCAUGUGACGAAAUACCGUCCAUUGAUUUGUCGGCAUGGAUCGACUGUUGUUCUGAUUGUUCGGAUUCUGGAUCGUUCGAAACUUUGUCAGACCAUUUUCAGCGGAGGUCACGCAGCAAGCGAAGCACAAACAAACGUCAUUCACAUAGAAAUAUAAAUAACUCUUCAAAUACCAAUCAACCAUGGGAUAAUCCCCUAACCCCUAGUCCACCCUUACAAAACGAACCCCGACUGAGAGUUGGAGUUAAAAAAAUGAACAAAAUUGAACCUGAAGGUAUUCCUUCUGCUUCAAUGGACAAAGUAUUGUCAGUGAUUGAAGCCCUCGAAAGCAAAAUAUCCCAACUACAAGGACAGGUCCAAACAUUGGAACAAAAGCUGCAAGAUAGGGAUUAGAAGUUGUUUGUUUUAGAGCUAAAUUUGCACCAAGGUGCAUUUACAAUGGGGCGUCACUUUAUGGCAACAUAUGCCGAUUUUUAAGCUUUCUAGCAUUUGCUGCGUUUUUAACCUCAGAGGCAGUUCUGAUGUAUUUUAUCAGUGUGUCAGCCUUAUCAAUUGACUAUUUCUAUAAACUACGAAGCGGUACACAUAUCCUCAUCUGACAGUUAGUUGCAAAUUUUAAAGGUACACAUUUAAACCAAAUAUUUUAACUUUUGUAUUCUGGGUAACUUCUAUAAAAUGCAUGUAACAGGCAAUUCACUUAUUAUACAACUUUCUGUAACUACUCUGCCCUUUACAAGUCUGUGUAAAUAUAUGUAACGCCUUUUUUGUUCACCUUUAGUUCCUCGUCAGCAUAUCAAAAACAGUAUUUUUCUCAUAAUUCCACUUUCUGCUGCACUGUUUUAUCUAGUUGGCAUAACAAGAAUACUGGCAAGUUUUGAGUUACAAACAUACUUUUAAAAUCUUUA